AUGAACAAGUUCGACGAGUUUAUCGCAGCUACCGACAAAGAUCUGGAGGUGGAUACGAGCACACGAGUAUCUUCGGGAUCCAUCACCCUGCCAGCCAUAUCAUCUCCCGGUAGACGUGUUUCUGGAGGUUCUAUAUCUCGCAAAAGAGAUUUGCAUACGCAUGAGGGCACAAAGACAUAUGGACAGUCGAGACAGACGACGCCGCAAAGGCUGAGCCACCAAGACCAUCCACUAAAGUAUUCCGAAGAGCAAUCUUUCAAUGUUGCUAUUGCAACAAGGCCCGGCAACGGGUUGAGCAAAAGGCGAUCGUUAAUCCAACCAAUAGUUGCGCCAAAGACACCAGAGGGCCAUAAGAAGUUCAAUACUAGUGCUCCUACGACGCUCAUGGCUGAUCGAUCUUAUCGCCCCGAAAGAAACAGGUCAGGAAGCAACGCAAGUUUUCGCUCUUCGACGGCGGAUACCGAUGUGAUGAUGAGCACUUUGCUGCAGAAUCUGGCUAACAAGGAGCUAGAGAUUCUUGAUGCGAAACAGAGAAUUGAAGAACUAAAGAAGCAACUAGCCUCAGAAGACAUAUUGUACCAGGAGCGGCUAAAGGACCUUCAAGAGUUGAAGGAGAAAGUAACCAAUCACUUUCAUAAAGCAACAAACAACAACACCUCGCCUACAGUGGAUAGAGUGAAAAAGGACCUCAAAGGGGAUGAGCAAGCAAAGAAGCGUCAAGGACAUGGCUCAAAUCACCCUGUGAAGGAUACAGUCGCAUCAAACGACGUUCCCGCUAGAGAGAACAGGCCAUCUGUUUGGAGCAAAUCCUUAGCAAUUUUCAACCAGUUUGAUCAAAUAAUUCAAAAUGAGCUAGAGCGCAGUUUGCAUUGGGAGGAGCAGUCAGGUACGGCUGCUCAGCAAAAAGGAGGGCAAGAGAGCGAUGACGAGGUACGAAGCGGAAAGCAGAAUGAAGAAACGAUCAGUGUCACGAAAUCGCUGUGGAGUUUCGUAAGCGAUAUGAAAUAUGGAUUGCUGGGAAUAGAAGAAGAAUCAGAUAGCCGGCAGCAAAACGAGACAUUUAAUGAUGAUGAGUUAAUCAGGUCUGAACUUGAAGGACCCAAUGAGCCUGCGGUAAACGAUAACAAACUCAAGUUUGUUGGAGGCGAAAUGAGCGCCGAGGAGGAAGAAGCGAGCAAGAACGUUGAAAUGAAGGAUAUGCCGACCUGA